UGCAGUAAUGUCCCUUUAAAAAGUUUGUGUGAAAGAUUGUUUAGGUGGUUUCUAUGGAAACGUUCAGUGACAUCAGAGCACAUGAUGGACUUGGAGGGAAUUUUAAAUUUUCAUCAACAACAAAUGAAGAAAAAUCAAGAUGCCACCUAAGACAACAAAAGAAAGGUCACAGGUCUAUAGGGACAAAAUAAAAGCUGACCCUAUAAAAUAUGAAGAGAGACUUAAAAGAGACAGGGAGAGAUACCUGAGGAAAAAGGAAAAAGGAGUAGUAAAAGCAAUUGCAGGUCUGUCAAAGCGGGAGCAACGCAAACAAAGAAGACAAUGGAAAAUCAAUCAAAGAAAUAGAAGAGAGGAGAUUAAAAAAACCCUCACAAUGCAGGCCUACCUUUCCACCACCACACCGCCACAUUCUCCUGAUGUUGUCUUGCAGCCAGAACACAAUGUUGACCUGCCCCCCACACCACCUUCUGCCCGAUCUCAUUCCCAAAAUCAGAGGGGAAGGAAAAGGGUAGCAAGAAACCGACAAAAAGUGUAUGCAGCACUGUAUGAGAGUAACACCAAGCUUGAGAAAGCUUUGCGAAAGGCAGAGAAAUACCGCCAGCGGUACGAGAGACUGAUGAAAAAAAUGAGGCAGGCUGACUCUCCAAAUACAAAAUCCAAACGGCAAAUGGUAACAGCACCUAGCACUCUACGAAGAACUUUAGUUUUUCACAACGCUCUAAUCGCUGAACUGAAAGACAGAUAUAAAAAUCUCCACUCAGACAGGGACAAACACAUCAUUUCCAAAAUAAUGGCAGGAAAAGUCCUUAAGAAGUAUCGACUACUGAAAAUGGCCAAAAGGGAAUUUGGCUUUUCACCCAGAAGAAUGAGAAGUAACAAAAAACGGACAACAGCAUUUACUUACACACGGAAGAAACAAAAGAACAGCAUUAGCCCAGCCACAGAAGAAAAAAUAAAACAAUUCUUAGAAAGAGAUGAGAAUAGCAGAGCAUCAACUGGAAAAAAGGACACUGUGACCAAGAAAAAGACAAAAACACAGAAACGAUUCUUGAAUGAGCCUCUGGAAAAACUCCAUAAGAAGUUUAGGAAGGAGUAUCCUGACAUCAGGAUUUCUAAGAGUGAGUUCUGUAAGAGACGUCCGUUUUGGAUUGUAAAGCCCACAGUUAAGGAUAGAGACACAUGCCUCUGCAAGACCCAUGCCAAUCUGCAGAAUAUGGCAGACAAACUGCUUUAUCAUAAAGUCAUUAAAAGCAGCAACAUUGAAGAUCUGAUUGUAUCCCUGUGCUGUUCGCCAAACUAUACCAAGCAAUGUAUGUACAGGGAAUGUACCAUUUGUGAAGCUAAAGAAUUGGAAAUCUCAACCUUUGACCCUGGGACCCAAACAUUUUGGUAUGAAUGGAAGGGAAAAGCUGAGGAGAGACUGAAGAAAAAGAAAGAUGGUAGUGAAGAAAAAAAAAUCACAGUCCAUUUGACAGUUAAAGAGAAGGUUACAGGUACUCUGCAUACUUUGCUUGAGGACUUUCGCUUAGGACUAAAAGAAAAACUUGGCAAACAUGUCUAUAACAUCAGACACCAAUAUGCUGCUCUUCGUGGUUUAAAAGAGAACCUGAGUGAAGAUGAGGUUGUCCUCCAUAUUGACUUUGCAGAGAAUUUUCUUUGCAAGUACAGCAGCGAAAUCCAAGCUGUACACUUUGGUGAUUCGCAUAAACAGACCUCACUACACACUGGUGUGGCCUACACCAAAAACAGUGUGAUCUCAGUCUGUUCAGUCAGCUCCUCUUUUCGUCAUGACCCCUGUGCUAUUUGGGCACAUCUAUCAAAAGUCCUCACUUUCCUGAAGGAUCAAUACCCCACUGCUUCAGUGCUACAUGUGGUCAGUGAUGGGCCGACCACCCAAUACCGCUCCAAAAAGAAUUUCUACUUCUUCACCAACAUUCCAUAUCAGAUGGGCUGGAAGAAACUCACUUGGAACUUUCUGGAGGCUGGCCACGGAAAAGGCCCUGCUGAUGGGAUAGGAGCAGCAGUGAAAAGAAGAGCUGAUGACAUCAUAGCUAGAGGGAAGGACAUACCAAAUGCUCAGGUGCUCUUUGAGGAGCUUCAACAGCAAAAGUCUGCCACAGAGCUCUUCUAUGUUGAGCCUGAAGAAAUUGAGUGUAUGGACACUCAUUUGCCAUCCGAGCUACAAACAAUCCGUGGCACAAUGAAGAUUCAUCAGAUAACCUCUGCUAGCCCAAGCCAAAUGUCAUGGAGAAUCCUCAGUUGCUUUUGCUCUGCACCUCAUGACUGCAAAUGUUUCAAUCCAGAAACAGUCAUGUUCCAGCAUUGGGACGAAGCUUCCCCCUCAACCAGUACAUCGCAUCCUGACACACCUCACAUAGGUCUGCGGCACAUUGUUGACUUGAACGAGGGACACGUUGGUCAGUGGUGUGCUGUGAAGUAUGAUGGAGAUAUUUAUCCUGGCAUCAUACAGGAUACUGAUGUCUACAGUGGUGCUCUGGUUAAAACCAUGAGCUGUGUUGGUCUCAAUCGUUUUUUUUUUGGCCUCUAAGGGAUGACAUAAUCUGGAACCAAACCAAGAAUAUCAUAGGCCUAAUCCCUGAGCCUGUACCAGUGACCAAACGUCACAAGGAAAUUAUUGUGUCUGUUUGGGAAGAAAUAUGUGAAACACUUAAUUAGAUGUGGCCUCGAAUCACAUCACACACAUAUGCACACAUGCACACAUACACACACACAUGCGCACAUGAGCAACGCUCUCUCUCUCACACACACAUAUGCACACAUGCACACAUACACACACACAUGUGCACAUGAGCAACGCUCUCUCUCUCACACACACAUGCAAACAUACAUACAUUCACACAUUCAAGGUGCUCAAAAUUUUCCACAUCUCUGUUUAAAUGUUACAGUUUCAGGUGUUCUUUGCAGUUACUCUUUACAGAAGAUGAGUGUUCAUUUAAGAGACCAAUAAGAACAUUUCAGAACAUCAACCUCAUAAUUAUCUCACAUUGUUGAAUUUUUUAUGCAUCUUUUGUUGCUUAUAUUUUUGCCUUGCCAUCAGUUGUGUCAGUUCUUUACAGUAUGCACUGUAACCGUUCAUCUGUGAGACAAAUCAGUUUUAUACAUCAACCACACCUGUUUUAGUGUAGUGCUGAGUUUGUUUAAUGACUCUGUGAAUUGAGUUUAAUGAGUGUGAUGAGAUUAAGAAUUUUUCUAAUAAAUAUAUCUACUGUUUCUUUACAUUCACGUUCAUUCAUUGUCAUUUCCACCACACCCUGUCAUUUCCACC